AUGCCCGCAGCAGUAGAUGGGGCUGCUGCUGCUGCAACAAGUUGCAGCAAGAAGCUGCAGCAGCACAUCAAGCUGCAGAGACAGCAGCAGGUGCAGCAGCAGGUGCAGCAGCAAGUGCAGCAGCAGGUGCAGCAGCAGCUGCAGCAGCAGGUGCAGCAGCAGUUGCAGCAGCAGGUGCAGCAGCAGGUGCAGCAGCAGGUGCAGCAGCAGGUGCAGCAGCAGGUACAGCAGCAAGUGCAGCAGCGGGAGCAGCAGCAGCUGCAGCAGCAGGUGCAGCAGCAGUUGCAGCAGCAGGUGCAGCAGCAGGUGCAGCAGCAGCAGCAGCAGCAGGUGCAGCAGCAGUGUGUAUAUGAAUAG